UGGUUUGAGGAUUUAUUGAGCUGUCUGAUAUACAAGCAAAUGAUACACUUCCUCUCCAACUUGUAAGCAAUAGAAUGUAAAGCUGAUGAUGUGGGUAAAUAGUACCAAACUUGAAAGUGUAGUUGGUUUAAGUGCUGCCUUUGGUGUUCCCAUGCCAAGACAUGCAGAAGAUGCUUUUCGAUAUCCUGCCGCUUUCGCAAACCCCUCAAAUUGCUGCUCAAGUUCAACCUCAAAUUUAUUGAAUUCUAUUGCAUUGUCUACAAGCGGAGAUUGUGUCUUUAAGAAGAAAGCAGAAGCCGCUGAAUCAGGUGGUGCAUCUGGGUUGUUGGUGAUCAAUAGCAAUGAAGAGUUUUUCAAAAUGGUGUGUUACGAAAAUGAUACUUCCAUAAACAUAACAAUUCCUCUUGUCAUGAUCACAAAGUCGACAGGAGAGACUAUGAAAAAAUUAAUGUUAGCCGGAGGACAGGUGGAGCUUCUAUUCUACUUUUAUGGCUGUUGGGACUAUUGUUUGUGCGUCUCUUUGGUCCGAGUUUAUCGCUUCUAAGCAAGAUCACGAGAGUAAUGAUCAGCUGACACCAAAGGUCUCUUCUGCUGCUGAGACUGUCAGAAAUGACUCUUCUAAGGUGAUUAUUCAUAUGAAUGCCUGGGCUGCUGUGGUAUUUGUCAUUGUAGCAUCAGUCUUACUGAUGCUACUGUACUUCUUUAUGUCUGCGUUCAUUUGGCUGCUGAUUGUACUAUUUUGCAUCGGUGGAACUGAGGGAAUGCACGCUUGCUUAGUUACAGUGAUCUUAAGGAUAUUCAAGAAUUCUGGGAAUAAGAAAGUAAACCUUCCUUGUCUUGGGGAGGUAACAGUUCUUUCAAUGGGGGUAUUGCCAUUCUGUCUAGCGUUUGCCAUCUUUUGGGCUGCAAAUCAGCAUGUAUCAUAUGCAUGGUUUGGCCAAGAUGUUCUUGGAAGCUUCUCUCUUCUUCAUUUUUUAGGGAUCUGUUUGAUGAUAUCAGCACUGCAAACGACACGUCUACCAAAUAUAAAGGUUGCUUCAAUACUUCUUUCAUGUGCAUUUGUAUACGAUAUAUUUUGGGUCUUUGUAUCUCCGCUCAUCUUCAACAAAAGUGUUAUGGCUGCGGUUGCUCAAGGUGACAAUAGUGGUGGAGAAGCCAUUCCUAUGCUUUUGAGGAUCCCUAGAUUUUUUGAUCCCUGGGGUGGAUAUGAUAUGAUUGGCUUUGGAGAUAUUAUCCUUCCUGGUUUACUCGUUGCAUUUGCCUUUAGAUACGACAGAUCGAGUAAGAAGGGUAUCCUGAAUGGAUAUUUUCUUUGGUUGACGAUAGGCUAUGACGUUGGUCUCAUCCUCACAGAUGUUGGGUUAUACUUAAUGGAUGGGCUUGGUCAACCUGCACUCCUAUAUCUUGUUCCUUGUACUCUGGGGCUUAUAGUUAUUCUAGGCUGGGUUAGAGGUGAGCUGAAACACCUCUGGAACUAUGGAUCCUCUGCACCAGUAUCUAGAGAUCCUCCUUUAGGCGAAGUCUGAGCAUAUUAGAAUUACUUGUAUCUAGAGAUGAAAGGAUAGAUAACAGGCAGCUGCAGACUCCAUAGAUCAAUCUGUUGAAGCUUCCUGCAUACAAGAUAGUGAUUCAAGCUUGUUGAUAUUCAGCAAAGAUCUGUCGGACCAAUUUCGAUAAGAUCUGUCUUAGCAUAUAACUCGAUUAACUCGACUAUACCAAAUCAAAUUGUGCAGUAACUAAUGUUGACCCAAGGUAAGUGGGAAGAAAUCUAGAGCCGAAUAUGGGACCUCCAGUGGCACUUUAGGAUUCCAAAGUUGUUUAUCUGGAAACGAAAUAAAACCUUCUGUUUCUAAAGCCGAAUAUGCAGAAGCAACCGAAAAUCCCUUUCCAUUUCCGUAUCUCCAAAGCCUAUCAUCUCUAGCAGCCGAGAGAACCAACGAAGGAUCACCGAUUACUUGCAACAACUGACUAACUUCCUGUAGUUCAUGUUAAUUCAAAGCCCUAACAAAUUGUAAA